AUGCUCAGCAUCCUGGGGCUCGAUAAUGGCUUCGUGCCCUCAGCGGCACUGCUCGCUGCUAUCCUUGUGAUCCUGUACCUCGCCUAUCUCAUCAGAUCUCCCGUGACAAUGGACCCGAAAGAGCCGCCGCUGGUGCGACCGGCAGUACCCUUCGUCGGACACAUUAUUGGCCUCUUUCAACACUCGUGGGAGUAUCUCGACAUGGUCUAUGCAAAGUCGAAAGCUCCGAUGUUCACUCUUCCCAUGCUAGGAGGCAAGAUGUACGUCAUAACUGAACCAGAACUUGUACAAGCAGCACUCCGCAAUCGCUCCCUCAGCUUUGACCCGUUCCUGAGGGACCUUAUCAAAGGAAUGGCUGGCGCCAGCGCGCAAACUAUGAAGGCGUGGGAUGACCCCGCCUUUUAUGGUCCUUGGGUCAAGAUCAUCUACGGGGGGAUGGCAGGGCAAUCGCUACUCGGACUCAACGUCUCGGCCGUGGGAGGAAUAGCAGCUGUAUUGAAUGAGAUUGGCGACGACAUGGAAAUCGCAGACUUGUACAAGUGGACCCGAGAGGUGUUCACCCUGGCCAGCACGGAUUCGCUGUACGGGAGCAAGAACCCGCUGCGUGCGGAUAAGAAACUCAUCGCGGCGUACUGGGACUAUGAAACGGACGUCAACAAGCUCAUGCUCGGCAUCUUCCCAUCUCUCGUCGCACCCCGCGGCUACCGCGGACAAGCCCUCAUACAACAGGCCUUUACGUCCUUCUUCGACUCGCAGCUCCACGAGGGCGCCGACGUGCCCUCCCUCGUCAAAUACCGCCGCAGGCUGAGCGCGAGCUUCGACAUGCCUCCGUCGGAAGCCGCCAAGAUCGAGUUGAUGUUCCUCCACGGCGCCAUCUCCAACACGUUUCCCGCCUUUUACUGGUUCUUCACGCGCGUCUUUAGCCAACCCAAGCUUCUUUUGCGACUUCGCGAAGAGGUGCAGUGCGUUAUUGAGGAGAAGGCGACUGUCACUGUGGAUGCGAAGGAGAAGAGAGUCUUUGUUCUGCACAUUGAAAAGCUCGAGGAGAAGUGCCCGCUGCUCAUGUCGUGUUUCCGGGAGACGCAUCGGCUGUACGCUAUGGGCGUCUUGGCGAGGAAGGUCAUGGCUGAUACGACGAUCUCUGACGGGAAGAUGAGCUACGUCGUGAAGAAGGAUUGGCAGAUUUCCGCGCCGCAAAGGAUUCUGCAGACUAGCUUCGAGAUUUGGGGGGAUGAUGCGUUGGAUUUCAUAGGGGAUAGGUUCUUGAAGGUCGCUGAAGAGAGGGGGGAGGCAGUUGUCAAUGUCGCCGUGAGAGGUUUCCUUGCCUUUGGCGGAGGAAAGCACAUUUGUGCCGGCCGGUAUCUCGCGAGCGGUGAGCUACUGGGAUCCCUCGCACUCCUGGUCGCCGGCUUUGACGUCACCAAUUUGGAUGGCGAUGCGCUCACUGUUCCCGAGGUCACGUCUGUGCCUGUGACUGGAUCACUUGGCAAGCCGGUGCCUGGCAGCGACCUCGGUGGGCGGAUGCGCAGGAGGACGGGGUGGGAAGAUGUCCAAUGGAAAAUCGGAAGACUGAGAGGUCGUCUCGAGAAACUGAAGAAAACCAUCUACGCCAUCGAAUCCAGUGUAGACAGCAACAACAAGGCCAACGCAGCUCGGCUCGAUGAGCUUAAGAGCGACAUCAAGUAA